AUGAAUACAGUAGAAGGUUCAAUGAAGACCCCAAUGGAACAAGUUGAUGAGCUCAAAUACUGGUUGGCAACCGCUCCAGUAAAUUGGGAACUUGACCAAAAUAUUCGUCGCUAUCUUCUUCCCACCGGUGAAUAUAUUUCUUGUGUAUUAUGGAAUAGCCUUUAUCACAUAACAGGUACAGACAUAGUACGGAGUCUGGUAUUCCGUUUCCAAGCUUUCGGUAGACCCGUAAAGAACAUCAAAAAAUUUGAAGAAGGUGUUUUUAGUGACUUAAGGAACUUAAAACCUGGCAUGGACGCUUCUCUUGAAGAACCAAAAUCAGAAUUUCUUGAAAUGUUAUAUAAGAAUAACUGUAUUCGAACUCAAAAGAAACAAAAAGUUUUCUACUGGUUUUCUGUGCCGCAUGAUAGAUUAUUUUUAGAUGCAUUAGAACGUGACUUAAAACGUGAAAAGAUGGGUAUUGAACCUACAACAGUUGCGAUUUCCGAACCUGCUCUUUCGUUCUCUUUUGAUUCCACACAAUCAUUGUAUGAUCAAUUCACAAAGGGAAUGUCACCAUCUUCAUCGGCUCCAUCCUCUCCACAACUUCGUGGUUUGGUUUACGAAUCUUCAAUACCACCAAUGGCUCCUUCUAUGAUUGGUGCUCAAAUAAAGACCGAUGACCCAUCCGGCGUUUUAUACUCUCUUGACCAAGAAUCAAUGGGAAAUUCAUCAUCAGCUCAACCUUCUUUGGGCACCUUUGCUUUAUUUCAACCUUCAAUUCCCGAAAAUACAAUGGUGAAGCAACAAAUGUAUCCAUCUCCAGAUCUUGGCUAUUGUUCUAUGGAUGAACUUCAAAAAGGAAAUUUUGAAGCAAGCUCACCACAAGAAUAUUUCGUUACCGGUUCUCCAUGGAGCACUUCAUCCAUAGAAGAACCAUAUGUGGAAAGUCGUCACUCAUCACCAGACCAUUUAGAAGCCCAUGUUUCAGGAUUGACUCAAACUAUUGUACCUUCAUCAACAACAUAUAACAGUCCAAAUACCGCUGCUACUGCCGCCAACCUUUUCGGAAUGUUCUCAAUCUUUGAAGGUUCCCCAACUUAUAAACAAAGAAGACGACGUGCGAAUUCUUGCAAUAAUGUUAAUGUAAAUAAUAAUAGUAGCAACUCCACAACGCAUCGACCUAGUGCAGCUCCUUAUCCCAUGAAAACUUACACAUGUCCGCUUCCAACGUGUGGUCGUCUUUUCAAGCGUCUUGAACAUUUAAAACGUCAUGUUCGUACUCAUACCAUGGAACGCCCUUAUUCAUGUCAAGUUUGCGGCAAGAGGUUCUCUAGAUCAGAUAAUUUAGCACAGCAUCGUAAGACUCAUGAACGUGGAAUGAGCAAUUCUCCACCACCUUCUGAUGACGGUUCCAACACCUCAGAUCUUGGUUAUGAAGAGAGUGUCGUCAAUGAUUGCUAUAGUUAUGAUAAUUCCAACAUCACAUCAUCUUGUGUUCCUAAUGGAUUAGCUGUUUAUACCGCCUCAGAACAUGCAAAUUAUCCCCUUUUCCAUCUACCUGCAGCAUAUUUGGAAGGAAAUGCUGGGAACGGAAUUAUUGUUUAA